AUGACGUCGCCUUACCCACCGUCAACUUCAUUCUCGCCCUCCGUUGCCUCCGACAUGGCUGCAGCGCCCAACAGGGCAGUCUCCGAUUUGCCGCAGGCUCAGGUUGACGCGAUCAUCCGCACAAAGCGCAAGGCUCGUGAGCCCAAGGCCUGCUAUCCAUGUCAUGCGCGCAAAGUAAAAUGCGAUCGCAAUCUGCCGUGUGACGGGUGCGUAAAGCGCGAUCACGCAGAUCUUUGCUCUUACGAACGGCCUUCCAAAAAACGAUCGCAAGCCUUUCAGGAUAGCGCUGUCCCUAGUGCAUCAACGGUACCCUUGCCUGAAUAUUCAACAACAUAUCUCUUUGCAGAAACCCCAGCAGAAGUGAAACGUGAGCCGACCUUGAGCCGACCGAGCGUCCCGGCUACAGGUGGUGGUCGUGUUUCAAUCGCCCGCGAGGAAUGGGAUAAUGUGCGGAAUAGGUUGCAAGAAAUGGAGUCUACGAUUUCCUCCCUUCGAGUUGGGCUGGAGAGGGCGGAAGACGGCCUCCCAACGUCCACCGAGACCGGAAGCGUGCAGAGUGUCGAUGCGAGUUCCCGUUCCAAGUGUGCCUCGCCGGAACGCGAGGGCAUCCACGCUGCGAAUACUCUGGGCAAAGGCACUGUUCACUUGGGAUCGCGCUCCGUUCUGGCUUACAUUCUCAACAAUCAGUCUGGGUCUGAUCAACUCCAAGCUCUUUUGGAAGGAGGAAUCCUUCCCAAGCUCGGUUUGGAUAAUGAAUCUGCGACCUAUCCAUUUGUUGAUCUAUGGUCGUCCGAUAUGUCAACAUUUGAUAUCACUGCUGUCUGUAGCGCCCUUCCCACUGAUCAGCAUUGCAGGGAGUUAUUCUACUACUAUAAAGAUAUCUCAGGUGCUAUAUAUCCUGUCCUAGAGGAUAUCUUUGAGUUUGAGAACACUCUCGAGCUUCUUCUGGCGACAAGAACCUCGAUCGGUGGCGAGUACCUGGCCGAUGCAGACCAUGCACAAAAGCCUUUCGGGGUGACUAUUGCGUAUCUGGGACUACUGUUCGCUAUCCUUGCCUCUGGAUUGUGCUGCUCAUACCAGUGCCUCCGCAUGACAAAUUUUCUCUCCCAGCCUACCAUUGAAGCAAUUCAAACUCUCCUGGUGAUAGGAAACGUUUUGUCAUACAACAUGAACCCUGGAAUCUCUUAUGUCUUGCUUGGCAUGACUCUUCGCAUGGGCUUGGCGCUCGGUCUCCAUGUAGAGUCAAGUCGAUUUUCGUCAGCUGAACGAUACCGCCGACGACACGUUUGGUGGUCCAUGGCGUGGCAAGACAGCCAUUUUUCGCUCUCCUACGACCGACCUUCCACCACCGCAGUGAGCCAGCCAGACAUCGCUUAUAGGGAUGGCUCCAAACCUGGUGAUGUAUCUUAUUUUGAAACUCUCUCUCGAGUCAUUUCUCUUGCACUGGAGGUUGUACGCAUUCGUAUGCUGAGCCCACACGCGCAGAUAAGUUUGGAAAGCAUACAAACCUAUAAGGACCGUAUCCAGAAGAUCAUGGUAGAGGCAAAGCCAUACCUGCGAGACGAAAUUGACUGUUCCACACCUACGCAACAUCUGGAACGAGUCGUGUUGAAAUUGCAUUCUUCUUACUUCGCCUCUGAGCUCUGCCGGCCAGCGCUCAAACCCAUGGCUGAUUUGAGUGACGCGAGCGCAGCCAGCAUGCGCGGCAAUUGCAUAAUAAAUCUGAUGACGACUGUUGAAGCUUAUAUUGAAAUGCACAACAUCAGCUCGCAUGCCGCUCGUUCCUGGAUCCUAUUGCAGCGGGCGAUCAGUUCCGCUUUCCUACUUGCUGUCAUCGACGAGGCGAAAGCGGACCCGAAUGUGUGGAAUCUUCUCCAUUCCCUUGAAAGCAUCAUCGCCCAAAGAGCAAGCACGGAGCGUGCCUAUGAGUCCAACGAGGCCACUACUGUGGCCAGUAUCACCUCCCCGCCUCAACCCCUUGGCAAUUACGACCCAAUCACGGGCACUCCAAACGUCCCAGGCCCCAUCGCUUCGGCGGUGGAUCCAAGUACUCCGGUCGGGAUACCCCCUGACACACAAACGCAAUGGGCCAAGUCGCUAGCGAAAACACAUCGUGCUUUACAAAAGCUCCUGGCGGCAGUUGGGAAUCCAUCUACGCGUCCCUCCAUGGGACGCAAUGGUACGCCCAUCUACUCUAGUACCAAUUCUAAUCUUAACCCGGCUCCAGCUUCCAUGGGGGGGACACUUGUUCCUGGGCCGGCAAACAUGACCCCCAGCGUUGGUUCUCUCCCACCCCCUACACCCGAAAGCUCUGCCAGCGGUGAAUGGACAAUGCCCAACAUCCUGGAUCGGGCAGCAGAGUACAUCCAUCCACCCCUGUGGGGCUAG